AUGUCGACUCCCAUUGAAGAGCAUCUUGCUCCCCAUUAUCCGGAAGAGAAGAGGAAGCACAGACUUGAAGAUGGGUCUCCGGACUCCGAUGAAGGCACAUAUGUGUACGACAGCUCGAGUAACGGAAACCACCUAAGGGUUGAUACCUCGUACGAUGAGCCGGAUCGAGCUGCCUUGUACUCUCCUGCCACAGCGAGAGAAGAAUCCACCCGGCUAGAAGACGACCUGGCAGUUCUGGAGGCAGAGCGAAUGGCAUCACGUUCCACCCAUGAAGGGGAGUCGGAGAAGAGAGUGAAUGACGACGGGACAUCUAUCUCUCGCUCUCGCUCUCGCUCUCGUUCGCGUCGAUCCGCAGUCGACGAAUUCGACGAGGCCACCAAUCCGUUGCAUGAAAAAGCCGCGGUGUAUAACCCACCGGAAAACCCCAACACCAACAUCGCGAGGUUCGUGAAAAGGCUUCACGAGUCUAGUUUCAUCAUCCGCUAUCUCACCUACAUCCUACCGCUUGUGCUUAUCUUGUUGAUUCCGUUGCUGGUCGGCGCACUUGCGUUUCCGGAUGCUAACGUUGGUGGUGUUCGAUUGGUUUGGUUCUCGGUGUGGUUGGAGAUCGUUUGGCUAACCCUAUGGGCUGGAAGGAUCGUUUCCAAAUGCAUUCCUAUCCCUGUGGGCGCUAUUGCUAGUAUUUUCACCAACAAUGCAAAGAAAUGGCGGGACCUGGCCAAGCAAUUGGAGCUACACGGAACCUUGUUCUUCUGGUGGCUGGGCGUGGAAAUCUCCUUUUUGCCCACGAUGAAGAAUCACCAUGUUGAUGGAAGACAUGCUACGCGCUCGUGGGAAAACACAGUCAACAAGAUCAUCAUAUCUGUCUUUGUCUGGACGAUUUUGAACCUCGUCGAGAAAUUUAUCAUCCAGCUGAUCGCCAUCAGCUUCCACACGCGUACCUAUUCGGAUCGGAUCGAGAUCAACAAGUUCCAGAUCGGCAGCCUGACCAAACUAUAUGAUUUCUCCCGGCAGAAGAUUUCUGCCAAAGAUACGGAAUUCGAAGAGAAACAGAAGCCCGGUACUAGCACACCCAUGAAGAUCCCGUUCCACUACGCUGGGAAGGCAGGACGGCUUGCCAAAGGUGCUUUACACAAAGUUGGCGACGUCGCUGGCGCAGUUGCCGCGGACUUUACUGGCCGCACGGCCACUAACAGCAACCACCCUUACCAAGUUGUGCUGACGUUGUUGCGGACCACGAGUGGCUGUCAGGUCUUGGCUCGACGUCUCUACCGGACUCUCGUGCGUGAUGGAUUUGAAACCGUCUUCUCGGGCGAUCUGAAGGAGGCGUUUGAUAACAACGAAGAAGCCGAGGCAGCGUUUACAAUGUUUGACAAGGAUAUGAACGGAGACAUCUCCAUGGAAGAAUUGGAGGCAGUUUGCGUGGAAAUCGGACGCGAACGCAAGGCCAUUACCGCAUCUUUGAAAGAUCUCGACUCUGUCGUCAGCAGACUCGACAACGUUCUAGAAUUCUUCGUGGUUCUUAUCGCUUUGAUUGUUUUCCUGACCUUAAUCUCCACGUCGGCUGCCGGCGUGCUCACGUCUGCAGGUUCCAGUAUUCUUGCGCUGUCCUGGCUGUUCUCUGCCACUGCGCAGGAACUGCUCCAGUCUGUCAUCUUUGUGUUUGUCAAGCACCCGUUCGAUGUCGGUGAUCGGGUGACAGUCUAUGGUAAUUCUGGCGAUGCGGGUCUGGGCGACGAUUACUUCGUCAAACAGAUCUCGCUCCUGUACACGGAGUUCAAGAAGAUGCAGGGUCAUGUCGUGCAGGCCCCCAACAGCUAUCUGAAUGGCCUUUUCAUCCUCAACCAGCGCAGAUCUGGUGCCCUCGCCGAGGCCGUGCCAAUUGUCAUCAAAUAUGGCACGACCCUUGAGCAGAUCGAUGCCCUUCGUCAACGGCUGUUGGAAUUUGUUCGCAGCGAAUGCCGCGAAUUCCAGACCAAUAUCCUCACUGAGAUGCGCGAGGUGACCGAAAACUUCUCGGUCACUCUCAAUGUUGUCUUCUUCUACAAGUCGAACUGGCAAAACGAAGGCUUGCGUUUGCAGCGCCGCAAUAAAUUUAUCUGCAUGCUCAUGCUUGCCUUGCAAGAGAUUGGCAUUGAGGGACCACGCAUGAACCUCCAGGGUGCUCGGGUCGACAUUCCCUUCCAUGUCGCCGGGUUCCCCUCUCAUGUGGCAGCUGCCCCGGGCAGCAGUGAUGGUCGGCCUCCGCCCACUCCUGUGCACGAGAACAACUCUCUCCAUGAAAAUUCCGGCGUUAGCAGCGCUGUGCGCCAGCACUCUAUUCUCCGCAAGGGCAUGGACACCGCUGCUGCGCGAGCCCGCGGGGAUUCCAUGCUCACACGGAAGCAUGUGGACUUCUCUCUAGGCAUGCGCGACAUCUCUUCCGGCGACGUUAUGGGCGACGUGUUCGAAGACCGCCGCACUCGAGUUGAUGACAUUGUCCGGAUGGCCAACCGGGAAACCACCGAGCGUCGCAUCCAGGAAGAGGAAGAAGAGGAGGCUGAGCGGCGGAGCCGUGCAUCUAUCUCCCACCGACGAAGCGGCUCGAAUCUCAGCGUGCCGUCCGCAGCGCGCUCUGGUCGCCCGUCGAUGGAGUCUCAAGGUGGUCACAGUUUGUCCUCUGUCAGCCGCGGGCGGUUCUUCCGUCAUCGCAGCAGCAUCGGCAGCCAAGGGGGAGCUGAUCUGGAGCAGGGGCCGUCUCAUGGCCAGGAUCCUCAGAUCCGCGCUGUGUCGCCUGGUGUGGAGGAGAAAUGA